CCUUAAAGUUUCUAUUUUAUGUAUUCAACAGUGUGUCUAUUCAGUUAAUGUAAAUCGUAACGACGCACUGCGGCAGGCAAGACGAUCUUUCGGUGAUCGAUUCGGGGUUUGAUCGCUUUCGCCUGGCUGCAGUGACGACUCUGCUACUCUGCUAUCGAUUGGUUGCGACUGCGCGUGGAUCAACCAUGGCGGCUACUCAAGCAACGAAUCCGUCUCAGCUGCUCCCACUCGAACUUGUGGACAAAUGUAUCGGCUCCCGGAUUCACAUCGUCAUGAAAACAGACAAAGAAAUCGUGGGCACCCUGCUGGGUUUCGAUGACUUUGUCAACAUGGUCUUGGAGGACGUGACAGAAUUUGAAAUCACGCCAGAGGGACGGAGGAUAACCAAACUGGACCAGAUCCUCCUCAACGGCAAUAACAUCACAAUGCUCAUACCUGGUGGAGAAGGUCCUGAAGUUUGAAUCACUGCAACAUUUUUUGUGUUUGGCCUUUUCCUACCUUGUGUUUCUAAGUUGAUUUAUGUCGUUGUUGUUGUUAAUCCUCCCUCUUCAUCUUUAAGGAGGGAAAUAUUUUUGUAGUAAGAUUCCUAAGUGAGUAUUUGUGUAUCGUGGAUCACACAUGACAAAAAGGCAGGUUUUGUUACGAAUAAAUCUCUUGAAUCUCUCACCUUU